CCCCGCGGCUCCGCCGCUGCCGCCGCGACUUGAGGGGCGCGCGGAGCUCCGUGCGCGGCCGCCCCGCUCCGCACCGCGCUCAGCUCCGCGCUCCGAGCUCCGAGCCCGCCGCCACUGCCGCCCGCACCGCCCCUUCCGCGCCUCUCCGCAGGACAUUAAGAGUUCAAGGAAAGCUUUCAAAGGGGAGUUUUCUGGGAAGGAAAUCAUAUUUUUGUGGGGGUUUUUUAUAAUGAAGAAAACCAUCUGAAUUGCCUGAUGUUUCUGUGGUAAAGUAACUUACAUUCUUGCAGCACAGGAGGAAUUCUUUCCUGCAUUACAAAUUUGGAAGAAAUGUUAAGAAGUAAGAGUUGGAAAAUGGUUCUCUGAAAGAGGUGUGGAUGUACCAGGAUGUACUACUGUACAAGGGUCAUACUUGGAUAAUUCUGGAUAGGAAAAAGCAUCCCUUUCCUGACCUCCUGAAGAGGCUGCAAUCCUUCAAGCUUCAGCAUAAUGAAUAGUUUGUAUCACGCGGCACUAAAGUUCCCUCCUCUGACUACUAUGCUGCACAGAAGAGUUUGUAAGAGUUACAAAGAAAGUAAUUCCUGCUAAAGGCAUUAAACCAAACAAAAGAGGCUCUUCAUUCACAGACUUUACAUGAGGACUAAAAUAGAAGGAAGCUGAAGCUUUUCUGCACUGGGGCCUGGUGUGCUUAUGUACCAUGAUAAAUCUUGGUUGGAAUGCUCAUUGAGUAUCGUGCCAGGAGCCAGGAAACACACACCACCACCACCAAGGACUAUCUGAGUAAACACCAUCGAGAAAAAACUGCUGCAUGGACUAAAGCGUAAGAGUGACUGGGCAGAAAGACAUCCCUUUACUGGAUAUCCUCAAGCACAAAACUUACUCAUACCUUUAAAUACGAUUGUUGAAGAUCAGAACUGUAUAGAAAUCUCAUCAUUCCUGACCAUGAUUAGUGUUACCUGGAGCAUCUUCCUAGUUUGGACUAAAAUAGGGCUGUUACUUGACAUGGCACCUUAUUCUGUUAGUGCCAAACCAUGCCCUUCAGUAUGUCGCUGUGAUGUGGGUUUCAUAUAUUGUAAUGAUCGCGAUUUGACGUCUAUUCCUACAGGAAUCCCAGAGGAUGCAACUACCCUCUUCCUUCAGAACAAUCAAAUAAAUAAUGCUGGGAUUCCUUCAGAACUGAAGAACUUGCUUAGGGUGGAAAGAAUAUAUUUAUACCGCAACAGCCUAGAUGAAUUCCCCACUAACCUCCCUAAGUACAUUAAGGAACUGCAUUUGCAGGAGAACAAUAUAAGGACCAUUACUUAUGAUUCACUUUCAAAAAUUCCUUAUCUGGAAGAACUGCAUUUGGAUGAUAAUUCUGUUUCUGCCGUUAGCAUUGAGGAUGGAGCUUUCCGGGACAACAUCUAUCUCAGACUUCUUUUUCUCUCUCGAAAUCACCUUAGCACCAUUCCCUGGGGUUUGCCUAAAACCAUAGAAGAGCUACGCUUGGAUGAUAAUCGUAUUUCCACAAUUUCUGAGCUGUCCCUUCAAGACCUUACAAAUCUAAAACGCCUUGUUUUAGAUGGAAAUCUUCUAAAUAAUCAUGGAUUGGGAGAUAAAGUCUUCAUUAAUCUAGUCAAUCUUACAGAAUUGUCAUUGGUUCGCAAUUCACUCACAGCUGCACCGGUGAAUUUGCCGGGAACAAACCUAAGAAAGCUUUAUCUCCAAGAAAACCAUAUCAACCGUGUGCCACCCAAUGCUUUCUCUUACUUACGGCAGUUGUAUCGCCUAGAUAUGUCCAAUAACAAUCUCAGCAAUUUACCUCAGGGUGUCUUUGAUGAUCUAGACAACAUCACUCAACUUUUUCUUCGCAACAACCCUUGGCACUGCGGGUGCAAAAUGAAAUGGGUACGUGACUGGUUACAGUCGUUGCCUUUAAAAGUGAACGUACGUGGACUGAUGUGUCAGGCACCAGAAAAGGUACGUGGAAUGGCUAUCAAAGACCUCAGCGCAGAACUGUUUGACUGUAAGGACGAUAGCAUGGUAAGCACCAUCCAAAUCACUACUGCAGUACCAAACACGUUAUACCCAGCCCAGGGACACUGGCCUAUUUCUGUGACCAAACAACCAGACAUCAAGACUCCCAACCUAAAUAAAAAUUACAGAACCACAGCAAGCCCAGUACGCAAAAUCAUUACAAUAUUUGUGAAAUCCGUAAGCACGGAGACUAUUCACAUCUCCUGGAAAGUUGCACUACCAAUGACUGCUUUGAGACUGAGCUGGCUCAAGAUGGGUCACAGCCCUGCCUUUGGAUCUAUAACUGAAACUAUAGUUACAGGCGACAGAAAUGACUAUUUGCUCACGGCUCUCGAACCAGAGUCACCAUACCGUGUGUGCAUGGUUCCCAUGGAAACCAGCAAUAUCUAUCUCUCCGAUGAAACGCCCGAAUGCAUCGAGACCGAGACGGCACCUCUUAAGAUGUACAACCCUACCACCACCCUCAAUCGGGAGCAGGAGAAAGAACCUUACAAAAACUCCAGCUUGCCCUUGGCCGCCAUCAUCGGUGGUGUGGUGGCACUGGUGGCCAUAGGGCUGCUGGCCCUGGUCUGCUGGUACGUCCAUAGAAACGGGUCCCUGUUCUCCCGGAACUGCACCUACAGCAAGGGACGCCGGAGAAAAGAUGACUAUGCCGAAGCAGGAACCAAGAAGGAUAACUCCAUCUUGGAAAUCAGGGAGACUUCUUUCCAGAUGAUACCAAUAACCAGUGACCAAGUGUCCAAGGAGGAAUUUGUAAUACACACCAUUUUCCCACCUAAUGGCAUGAAUCUGUACAAGAACAGCCACAGUGAAAGCAGUAGUAACAGGAGCUACAGAGACAGUGGUAUUCCAGAUUCAGAUCAUUCACACUCAUGAUACUGAGGGACAUGAAAGACUGGUUUGGGUUUUGUUGGGUUUUUUGGGUUUGUUUUGUUUUUUAAAGAAAACAAGAAAAGACUGACUUAACAGUCGCUGUUCUACUGCAAAACACUGGAUUAAAAGACUGACAAAGCAAUGUACUGUACAUUUGCCAUAUAAUUUAUAUUUAAGAACUUUUUAUUAAAAGUUUCAAAUUUCAGGCUACUGCUGCGAUUAAUGUAGUGGGGAUACCUGACCACAAUUCUAUAUUUUAGUAUUUUUUAGUAAUUUGUACUGUAUUUUCCUUGCUAAUAUUGAAGUUACAGACCAUUUAACUUUUGUGUUCUACUGAGUAAGAUGACUUGUUGACUGUGAAAGUGAAUUUUCUUGCCGUGUUGAGCAGUCAGAACAUUCAUCUGAGAUCCUUGUAAGUGUAAGCACAGGUCAUUUUUCACUUUGGUAUCAAUAAAAUAAUGUUGAACCUGGCAAAUCAGGAAGAUCAAAAAGUGGUUACAAAAACUCACAGAACUUCCAGUGUUGAGUCUAUUAAAUCUGUAAACCACAACAAUAUUCAAUAAACAAAAAUGUGUGUAGUAAUGGGCAAUAUCAGCUGUCUGGAUAUAUCCAUUCAACAGUGGUGAAAUCCAAUUUAAAUUAGAAUAAUCAAAUUGAUGAUGUGCAUGAGACUGAAUCUUUUGACAAGUGUUAAAAAAAAAGUGGUAGGCUCUACAAACCAAGGGGGUAGAUACAGUUCAGGAAUAGUUUUUUGGUUAUCAGAAUCAGUGGUCUGUAUAUUACAGACAAAAUAGUGAUGGAUGCUUAUUGAAGCAGUGACCCUUGAAGGGGGAAUAAUGUGCUCUGACUCCACGUUGCAGAAGGCUGAAUAAAUUGUUUUAUUAAGCUAAAUUAUAUUACAUUAAUUCUAUACUAUACUAGAACUAUAUCAUGCUAAAAAGAUACUAAAGAAAAACCUGUGACUGUCUCCAGACUGUCUCCAGACAGUCACAACACAGAUUUGACCCAAUUGGCCAGUCAGUCCAAACAACCUUCACCAGUGUCCAAUUAACAAAUCACUCUUCGGUAAACAAUCUCCAUAACACAUUGCACAUGUGUGAAACAGGAGCAGUGAAUAGAGAUAAGAAUUGUUUCCUUCUUUCUCUGAACUUUCUUGCUGUGUUUCACAACUUCCCAGGAAAAAUCCUGGGAGAGAGAGAGUCAUGUCUGUCUCUCUUCAGAGAAUGUGAAUACCACAGAUGCUCACAGGCAUUUGGGAGACAAGGGCAGGAAGACAGAGACAACUCUUUCAAACUGCUUUGAAAAGAAAAAGGGCUUAAAGUGCAGUUUCACAAGAAAAGAGAGCAGGACAAAACCCCAGGCAAUAAAAGCAAGAUCUCAAAAACUAAGGUGGUCCCAAAGGUGAGCAGACAAAUGGAGAAUGCAGCUAUUCUGAAGAAUAUACGAGUCUGUGUUCAUUAUAAUGCUGUUACAGUCAGGAAUACUGCCCAUUACUGUCACAGUUAUCCAGAAAUUCCUUGGUAAAUCUGUAAGGUAACAUGUUUCUUUCUGCCUUCCUGCUGAACUAUGAGCUAUUUCAUGUUUAAACCCCAAGCCACUCUUUGUUGCAAUAAUCAUUCUGUUUCUUCAACUAAAAACCAAAGUGCUUUGUAUGCCCUUUGGCCAGUCUUGUGUGUGCCUUGAUCCAACGCUACAUGUAUCAAGCUUUUAAAAACUAAGACAAAAGGAAAUAAUAAAAUACCCACCUUUUCAUACAUAA